AUGGAAGAACUCGCGCAAUUCGUUACAAAGUCCUUCGAGUACAACAACAAUCGUGUCGUGGAUUUACUUAAUGUCGCCAUUCAAGUAGAUAAUAACCGGAAAUCCUACAAAUCCGACGAGGAAAGUAUGGAUUUUGACAAACGCAGUGAAAGUAUCGACGACAAAGAAGACGAAAGUGUCGAAAUAAAUAUUACAGAUUUGUCGGACACGAAUGAACUACCGCCGACGAGCGAUGCUGCCGUCGCUGCGAGCAAAAGUAGCACGGAAAGUGAGCGCGAAGAAAACUCGACAUCGCCGUUGCCUUUAUUAAAGAAAAAUAAUGUUAGUGCCACGAACGGUGGCAGCAAUAAAAAGUGCGUCACGCGAAAUUGGCUAAUUUCCGAUACAACAAGUGACAAAAGCCAAGCAAGUGAUAAAAAUCAAAAAGUGUGUGACGAAAAUUUAAAACCAAAAUUAAAUUUGCCAAAAACGCCGGAUUCGGCGGAAUAUCAGUUGAGGCCGAAACCGGUGACGGAGCUGCUGAAGGAGAUACGGAAAUUUCAGGAACUUUCGCCGCCUCCGUUGUCGACGAGACUUGAUAAUAAUUACGAGAGUCGGUCUCCGUCGCCGGAUAUUAUUGAGGAACAAUCAAAAGAAAAACUCGAAAAAAGUAGUUCUAAAAAUGUAAUUUUAAAAGGAUCAAGUAAAGAUUCAGACGGUGAUCAAAAAUACGGCGACAAAAUCUUUUUAAAUAAUAAUUUGAACAACAAACAACGAAGAUCAAGAACGAAUUUUACGUUAGAACAAUUAAAUGAGCUUGAAAGAUUGUUCGAUGAGACUCACUAUCCAGAUGCUUUUAUGCGCGAAGAAUUAAGUCAUCGUUUGGGAUUAUCGGAAGCGCGUGUCCAGGUUUGGUUCCAAAAUCGUCGUGCCAAAUGCCGAAAACACGAGAAUCAGUUACACAAAGGUAUCGUCAUGUCGAGCAACAACAGUAGCAGUCCGCCAGUUACAACGCUCGAGCCAUGCAGGAUUGCACCGUACGUUAAUGUUCCAUCCAUGCGCGGCGCCAAUUCCAGCUCAACAACAUCAUCGACACCAUAUUCGGCUGCCUCCGUUUUUCCGCACUUUGAUCCUGCGCUCUUGUCGGCAGCACAUCAGUAUGCUGCAGCGUUGACAGUGUCGUCAAGUGGUCUUCUCUUACCUCAGUAUCCGUUAGGCCUUGCCGCUUUCACGGCAGCGCAAUGCAAGAACUCGAGCAUCGCUGAUCUGCGGAUGAAAGCGAAAAAAAUGUAUUCGGGACAGACAUGA